AGCGAUCCUCUCACCUUAGGCCCACAAGUAGCUGGGACUGCAGGUACACACCAUCUUGCUCGACUAAUAUUUUGUAGAAACAGCAUUUCACCGUUUUGCCCAAACUAGUCUUCAGCUCAUAGGCUAAAGACCCACCUCGGCCCUAAGUGCUGGGAUUACAGGCAUGAGCCCCUGCACCUGACCCAUGUUAUUCUUACAUUCUUUAAAGUAUUCUUUACAUCUUACUAGCUACUCUCAUUACUUUAAUCCCCUGUUAUUAUUAAUAAUUUAAACUAAAUUUUUCUAUUCAAAUUGCUGUAUGAUCUCUCUCUACAAACAGGCCCUGACUGACACAUACCCAAAGAAUAUUAAAAUAAUCUAUAUUCUUUGGGAGUAGGAGAAGGUAAAUAUUAUAAGUCAUCUUUUUAUAGAACAGAUUAGUAUUGGUACAAUGUGCAUUAUCUAGGGCUGGCUAUUCGAUGGACAAAAAGUUUUGAGAAUUUGCUGCUACAUUGGAAAGUGCUACAAUAAUAGGGUGCUAUAUAUUAGUCUAACUGUAUAUACAGUUUAAAGAUCAAAUUUUUAAAUAUUUUACAUGAUUUUGCUGAGACUUUUUAAAAAUGUAAGCUAUAAUGAAGCAAACAACAAAGGUUGGACUAAAAAAUAAUUUGUUGACCCUGAAAAGAUGUUGCAAAAUAAUUCUAUAAUGUAAAUUUGUAUAUUAUUAAUGCUAGGAUAAUGAUAACCAUCCUUUAUUGAGAACUCAGAAAGUCCUCAAUACUUUAUAUUAAUUUGUUGGAUCCUCGUAUUAAUUAAUAGAAGUGAAUAUUAUUAUCAUCCCUAUUUUACAAAUGGGAAAAGAAAGAAUUGGUAAGGUUAAGGAACUGGCCUGAGGUGUACAUAUAAUAAUUUCAGAGCCAAAAUGUGAACCUAGAUCUGCCUACGAGCCCUGAAUCUUAACCACUGCCCCCUGCUUCCAGAAUACUGACACUGAAGCAAAUGGCAAGUCAUUUGUGAAAACAAACGCAGGAUACUUGUUUUUGUUGGUUUUCAUCAAAGAUCCAGAAAAAGAAACUCUGACAUAUCCGUAGAAUGUAUAUAGCACACCCUGAGAUAUUUCUGAGUUAGCUAACCUAUUACUUAUUCUUAACAAAAUAUGGACAAACUGGAUGAACAUGGUGAUCAGAUCCCCAGAACCAAAGUGUUAACAGUGUAUCAAAACCCAGCAGCCUUUAUUCAGAGCUGAAUUGAAGGCAGAUGAAAUAUUAACAGCAGUUCUAGCAGCAUAAAAUGAAAUAUGAGAUCCUGUAUCCGAAAUUAUUAGUAACCUGUUAAAGGAAAUGCUGAAAAAUGGCAGUUACCAAAUUAAAACUGGGAAACAGAGCCCAAAUGGGAAAUUUCAAAAAGUUUGGAGGAAAAUAAAUGACAGAUUGUCCUCUUGGCUCUUAUUACUAUGCCAUCCUAAAUCCUACUUGGCAAUGGAUGGUGGAGGUGAAAUAAGAACUGCAUUGCUGCCAGUGCUGGUCCUCAGAUUUGUAGUCCUAAGUGUCUGUGAUGGUGUCUGGGAUUGAUUGGAAAAGUAGUUGGAAGUCGGUAGCAUUUUAGCUUUAUCUAAGUUAAAGAGUCUGGAGACUCUUAUUAUGAAAGGCUUUCUCUCAUUUGUGAAUUGGCCCCUUUGCUCCACUUUUGGAUGGCUGGCUUCCUCCAUGCCCAGCUACACUAAAUAUUCUACAUGGGAAAGCUAUUUUCCUUAACGCCUUCAGAUUUAAAGCCAUCUAUUUGGAUAUGUUGGUGUUUAUGACUCAAAAUAUCUAGCAUCAAAUAAAAAAAGAGAGAUUACAAAUACAAAAUACCAAGUAGUAAAUGAAGGACAUAUUUUUCCAUUAGUAACUGAGAGCAUAGAAAUUACUAUAAGCAGAGUUGUUGAGCAGUUGAUGCCAAAGGGAGAAAAAAAAGGAAAUGAGCUAUAGAACCAUAGAAUCUUAGUGCUGGCAGAGACUAUGGAGUUUAUGCAGUCCUACCCUAUCAUUUUUCAAUGAAGGGACUGAGACAUGGGGAGUUAAGGGACUUGACUUGCCCAAGACACAUAGUUGUUUACUGACAGUCAGGCCAAAAACAUUUCCCAACUCCCAGCCCGGAACUGUACAGUUCAGCAUGCUACUGCCGUCCUCUACUGAAAAUUAACACUAACUCAGCCUGGAACACAGAAGAAUUCAGCAUCUGUGGGGAGUGAAAGAAAAGAUGAAUUUAGAGCUGGAAAUCAGUCUGGGAAAAGAAAAGAGGAAACGGAUGAUUUGUCAUUGUGACUUGUUGGUCAAGGUUGUUUAAGAUGUUUUGUGUCAGUUACUCCCCUGUGCAUUCCCACAAAACACAGUGAAAUUAUUUGGUUCUAAUUCCGCAGGGUUUAUAUUUAUAUGUACAGGUUUUAUUUGCUUGGCGAAUUCUCCUUGCACAAGUCAUCUCCAGGUGUAGAUUGGUUUGUGGAUGGCAUUGCUAUUGAACCUUGUCAUUUACAUGGGCCUGACUUACUUCCUCUAGCAGUGAAGUAUGCUCCAGGGGAAUCUUCUUCAUGGGAUACUCCUAACUGAGGGUCAGAAGUAGGCUUACAAUGUAAGAAUUAUCUUCUAUUAACCUUGUAUUAUUAACCACAUGGAAAACUUGGGCCAUAUGUGGGACGUUUAAUCAGGCUAAUGAGAUAGGUGAAAUAAUUUUCUUUAUUUGGAAGCACAGAGUAAUUUGAAGUAAACCAGUAGCAAAUAAGAUACAAUAAAAACGUCCCAAUAGGAUCCCCUGUGAAAUAGCAUUGUAGCAGUAUAGAUCUUCUAGUUUACUCAAAUAUUUUUCAGAACCAGAGCAACCAGAAAUGAGAGAAUCAGAUAAUAUGAUGAAAACUACAGAUGGAAUGCUUUGCAUGAAAAGUGAUUAUAUACAAGAGAGGGCUUAGGAGUGGGUAGGAGUAGAGUUGGAAAAGAGUGGGUAACUGAAAUAAGAGAAGAUAAUGCUUGACCAGGUCUAGUAAAAUAUUCCCUGCCACAACCGCUAUUCCAUGAAGAGAUUGAGCCAAGAGGCCUGAAUAAACUAACCUUAAGUUCAGAGUUGCCAUUAUUGUGGGAGGCAUCAGGGAGAGUACAUCCGGAUUUGUGUUACACAGUAAUCACUGCUGGGUGUCAGCAUUCAUCAGCCAGAUGGUCAGACCUACAAUUAAUCAAUUAGGCUGCGAUGAUCAACUGGACUACGUUUUCCCCUUUGGUAAAAAGCCCUCAUCAUGCGGUUAAGGCCAAUAACACUUUUAUCCUGUUGCUUUUGGAGAAGCUUCUAAAAAUUCCUCUUUUCUUUUUUGGGCCUCUAGUUACUGGACAACUGUUAGGCUCCAAGUUGCUUUGACAACAUAGAUACCCAAAUUCAAGGAUUUCACAUAAUAGAUUUCCAACAUCCUGUGUCUUCAAGUAUAAUGUUUAAUGUACCCAGACAGAAAUAAUCUUUUUAAAGCAGCAUUGUCAGCAGUGUUACUCAACUGAUUUUACUAAAGUCUUCAUAUUGAUUCCACUCAAUCCAGUGGAAUAAUGCUGGAGGAGAUUCUUUCACUGGGUACUUAUACAGAUGAUAUGGUAUGAUAAUCAAAUAAUAUGAAUAAUAAGCAAUUUAUUGAAUGUUUGCCAUAUGACAGGUACUGCUGUGAUAAGGGUUGAUGAACAUUGAUUCAGUGUUUACAAUGAUUCCAUGAGGAUGAUAAUAUUAUUCAAAGAGGGAGAAACUGAGACUAGAAAGUUCAUUUGCCCAAGGUUAAACAGUUAGUAAAUAUGUGUUGAGAUGACUUAAUACCCUCUGAAAUGAAAGCUGAAAGUUUUCAUUUACAUUUUCUUACUCAUAUACAUCUGUGCAUCUCUAAGGGACAACAUUUAGGAACUAUGUGGUGGGUCCUCAUUAUUCCUCUUAAAAGGAUUUUAAAGAAAUAUUUUAGUUGUGUUCCCCAAGUCUGUUGCUCUCCUUCUGUUUUCCAUGCUGUUUUAUUCUACAUCAUGUGACUUGAGAUUGCUUUCUUCCGUCUUUAUGACCAUUACUAUCAUUUCCUGACAAUUAUCAGUCUCCACCUUGGUAUCUUCAUCUAGAUAUGGUUUCUCUAAGUCUGUUCAGAUACCAAGACUUUUUUGUAUCAGUUGACUUAUAGAGCAAUUUGCCUCCUCUGAAACAAAAUGUCUAUCACUAUUUUUUUUAUGUUGAACCUUGUUUUUCUGUCUAUUUUAUUUUCCCUCUCCCCUUGCUAUAUUACAAUACUACUGCAGAGGGAGAGGUGUUUGAAGUCCUGUUAGUGGGAACAUCACUUCUUGAUGGAGGUUUAAUGGAGGUCUAUGCUGGCCCCACUGAGUAGAAAUAUGGUCACAGUGUCAUAGUUCCCCUGUGUUUUAUCAUUAACCGGUAUCUCUCUUUUCUUUAAGCUCUUCUCUAUCCCCUCCCAAGCUCAAUUUAAAGAGUACUCCUCUUUAACCAUUUCAUACAGGCUAUAUACAGACACUGUUAACCCUAAUGUACUUGAGGUAUCAGACUCAUAAUUGUAUUAUUUUAUGAAAUAUGAGGCUUUUCUUGCUAUUUAACUGCAGUGCUUUGCAUUUUAUUUGUUUUUCUACUUACAGAAUUGGGAAAACAGUGCGAAAAUACUAGGAUAGUAUAUAGGAAAUCACCAUUUCUUAAUUCACGUUUGGGAGCAUGUGGAAGAAAAGAUAUUUCAGAAACCUUAAUGAGCAUCUUUUAUCCUCCAGGGCUCUACCAGCGCCCUCUUUUUCUGCCUGUGGCACUCUGUUUUGUCCUUGCUAUGUUUGGUAAGCAGCUUUUUUUUCUCUUGAUGCUUCUUUUCUUACAGUUCUGCAAUCUUCACCCCAGAGCUGAUGAGGCGCUUUCAUUUUGACCUACAGUAUUUCUGAUAUUGCAGAACAGAGCCCUGCCAUCUAGACUGUCUUUCUGCUUCAUUUUGCUCCUGACCUAAACCCCCCUGCUAUUCCAGGCCUGGCCUCUCAUGACCAGAGACUGCUGACUCAUCCUGGCCUGUGCCAAGCUGUGCAGUCGCUUAGUGAUGUGGACAGGAGUCGAAGGACUAGAAUGAGAUCACUGAACUCAUUUCACUUGUUGCUUACGGUACAGUCCAGCAUGAGCUGGAAAUGUAGGAACCUCAGCCUCCCGAGCAGAAAGAGUAAGUAGAUAAAACACACCGCAUCACCAAGUCCUCAACAAGCAGUAGUCGGGUGGCGGGUGGGGGCUCGCUCUAUCAUGGCCGUGGCUAGGGCAUUCUGGUUCAUCAGGAGUUUUCCUUUGUCCUCUCUUCUUCCUCUUCUCCACAGUCGUACCCUUCCCCCCUUCCCUGAACUUCCCUUCUGAAAAUGUCUGGAUGGUACAGCAGUGAUCUGGGCAGAAAUGAAAUUUGGCUAAUAAGCAGCCUCUGCACAAAAUUCUGGAACAGUGACACUGUUGAAAUUGCUUAGUUUAGUUUGUCUACUGGGAACUCACAUGAACUUCCCAACAGAAUUCAAGGGGAUGAAAUCUUUUUUGUUCUGUUUUGUUCUCCUUUCCUUUUUGAUUCUCUUUUUCUUUCUGUUUUGAGGGAGGUAGUUUCAGGAGACAUGGCUGCAUUCUGGUGUGGUGUAAAGUUUUCCGUCGGGAGACAAUAAUGUACAUUCCUCUGGCAGGACGGGAUGGGUUUUUUUUGUUUCUCUUACUGUUGUUUAUUUAUAAGACAUUUCCUCCCAGUUAGUGGAAGUUAGAUCGUAAGAGGCUCCAGUGAUUUUCCUUCCACCUCCCCUCCCUAAUUUCUGUGCUUCAGCACUCUGGAACACUGUGAACUCGACAAACUAAUCAGAGCAGGGAGCUUAACAGCCAGGCCUGGACACCCUCAAGAGACUGUGUGCUGAUUCUCAGUCGUCACUCCUUGGAUCAGGAACCACAGUCCUGAUCUUUGACCAUCAGUCUGUGACUUGCCCCUUCUCUUUACAUGCAGCCGCUCUCUGUUCCCUGCCCCAAUGAACAUCUGCACUAGGCCCAAGCCUUGGAGUAAUUUACCUGAAGAGUGACACCAUUUAUUUUGAAACUACUAUGAGGAAACUGAAGCCCAGAGAGGUGAAGUGAGGUGCCCAAGGCCACACAGCAAGUUAGAGGCACAGCUAGUACCGUAGCUCAAGUCUCCUGACUCCCAGUCCAGUGCUCCUCCCAUUACUCCAUGAGUCCUGUCUCUAAGCUUCCUGACAAAUGCUAGAACGGAAGAAACCCAAGACAGCUGAAAACCAGAAGGCAUCUGAGGAGAAUGAGAUUACUCAGCCGGGUGGAUCCAGCGCCAAGCCGGGCCUUCCCUGCCUGAACUUUGAAGCUGUUUUGUCUCCAGACCCAGCCCUCAUCCACUCAACACAUUCACUGACAAACUCUCACACUCACACCGGGUCAUCUGAUUGUGACAUCAGUUGCAAGGGGAUGACCGAGCGCAUUCACAGCAUCAACCUUCACAACUUCAGCAAUUCCGUGCUCGAGACCCUCAACGAGCAGCGCAACCGUGGCCACUUCUGUGACGUAACGGUGCGCAUCCACGGGAGCAUGCUGCGCGCACACCGCUGUGUGCUGGCAGCCGGCAGCCCUUUCUUCCAGGACAAACUGCUGCUUGGCUACAGCGACAUCGAGAUCCCGUCGGUGGUGUCAGUGCAGUCAGUGCAAAAGCUCAUUGACUUCAUGUACAGCGGCGUGCUACGGGUCUCGCAGUCGGAAGCUCUGCAGAUCCUCACGGCCGCCAGCAUCCUGCAGAUCAAAACAGUCAUCGACGAGUGCACGCGCAUCGUGUCACAGAACGUGGGCGAUGUGUUCCCGGGGAUCCAAGACUCGGGCCAGGACACGCCGCGGGGCACUCCCGAGUCAGGCACGUCAGGGCAAAGCAGCGACACGGAGUCGGGCUACCUGCAGAGCCACCCACAGCACAGCGUGGACAGGAUCUACUCGGCACUCUACGCGUGCUCCAUGCAGAAUGGCAGCGGGGAGCGCUCUUUUUACAGCGGUGCGGUGGUCAGCCACCAUGAGACUGCACUCGGCCUGCCCCGCGACCACCACAUGGAAGACCCCAGCUGGAUCACACGCAUCCAUGAGCGCUCACAGCAGAUGGAGCGCUACCUGUCCACCACCCCCGAGACCACGCACUGCCGCAAGCAGCCCCGGCCUGUGCGCAUCCAGACCCUAGUGGGCAACAUCCACAUCAAGCAGGAGAUGGAGGACGAUUACGACUACUACGGGCAGCAAAGGGUGCAGAUCCUGGAGCGCAACGAAUCCGAGGAGUGCACGGAAGACACAGACCAGGCCGAGGGCACCGAGAGUGAGCCCAAAGGUGAAAGCUUCGACUCGGGCGUCAGCUCCUCCAUAGGCACCGAGCCUGACUCGGUGGAGCAGCAGUUUGGGCCUGGGGCGGCGCGGGACGGCCAGGCUGAACCCGCCCAACCUGAGCAGGCUGCAGAAGCCCCUGCCGAGGGUGGCCCGCAGCCAAACCAGCUAGAAACAGGUGCUUCCUCUCCGGAGAGAAGCAAUGAAGUGGAGAUGGACAACACUGUUAUCACUGUCAGCAACAGCUCCGACAAGAGCGUCCUGCAACAGCCUUCGGUCAACACGUCCAUCGGGCAGCCAUUGCCAAGUACCCAGCUCUACUUACGCCAGACAGAAACCCUCACCAGCAACCUGAGGAUGCCUCUGACCUUGACCAGCAACACACAGGUCAUUGGCACAGCUGGCAACACCUACCUGCCAGCCCUCUUCACUACCCAGCCCGCGGGCAGUGGCCCCAAGCCUUUCCUCUUCAGCCUGCCACAGCCCCUGGCAGGCCAGCAGACCCAGUUUGUGACAGUAUCCCAGCCCGGCCUGUCGACCUUUACUGCACAGCUGCCAGCGCCACAGCCCCUGGCCUCAUCCGCAGGCCACAGCACAGCCAGUGGGCAAGGCGAAAAAAAGCCUUAUGAGUGCACUCUCUGCAACAAGACUUUCACCGCCAAACAGAACUACGUCAAGCACAUGUUCGUACACACAGGUGAGAAGCCCCACCAAUGCAGCAUCUGUUGGCGCUCCUUCUCCUUAAAGGAUUACCUUAUCAAGCACAUGGUGACACACACAGGAGUGAGGGCAUACCAGUGUAGUAUCUGCAACAAGCGCUUCACCCAGAAGAGCUCCCUCAACGUGCACAUGCGCCUCCACCGGGGAGAGAAGUCCUACGAGUGCUACAUCUGCAAAAAGAAGUUCUCUCACAAGACCCUCCUGGAGCGACACGUGGCCCUGCACAGUGCCAGCAAUGGGACCCCCCCUGCAGGCACACCCCCAGGUGCCCGCGCUGGCCCGCCAGGCGUGGUGGCCUGCACGGAGGGGACCACUUACGUCUGCUCCGUCUGCCCAGCAAAGUUUGACCAAAUCGAGCAGUUCAACGACCACAUGAGGAUGCAUGUGUCUGACGGAUAAGUAGUAUCUUUCUCUCUUUCUUAUGAACAAAACAAAACAACAACAAAAAACAAACAAAAAAGCUAUGGCACUAGAAUUUAAGAAAUGUUUUGGUUUCAUUUUUACUUUCUGUUUUUGUUUUUGUUUCGUUUCCUUUUGUACUACAUGAAGAACUGUUUUUUGCCUGCUGGUACAUUACAUUUCCGGAGGCUUGGGUGAAUAAUAGUUUUCCCAGUCUCCCUCGGAUGGUGGCCUUAAGGCCUGGUAGUGCUUCAAGAGGUCCACUGGUUGGAUCUCUAGCUACUGGCCUCUAAAUACAACCCUUCUUUACAAAAAAAUCUUUUAAAAAAAAGUAAAAAAAAAAAAAAAAAAAAAAUUUCCACUUGUGAAGAGCACUACAAAAAAUAUAUAACAAAAUCUAAAAGGCCUACUGUCUUUAAGUACACCGCUUGCAGUGUUUCAGUGGACAUUUUCACAAUUCUGGCCGCUUGGACUUCACAGUAACCAGUUAAAACUGUGGAAUAUCACUUCUGGUUGAAAACCCAGAGGAAAGGCCCUGCUGUUUUCCACCUACCACGCUGUCUGAUUUCAUAAAAGGGCUGUGGGGGUGGGAAGGGCAGUGGGUUCGGUGGUGUGGGAAAGAAAGACGAAUGGCAGGCUUCUCCCCCAGAUUCUGCCCGGGUCCACACACCCUGGCCCACCUUCUCCAUAUCCCCCUCUUGCAGCAGAAGCCAGGAAGACUUGGACAAGCAACAAGCAACAGUGGCUAUCGUAUUUAUUCAGUGUCUUCGCUGAGCCACAGCCUCAGCACAAUCAAGAGGGACUUUCAUGAAAGGCAGGAAUGCGGAUAAAACAAAGAUAUCAGAAAUGUGCACCUAUGUUUCUAGGUACAAGAGAAGGAUUAUUUCCAACAAUCUUUGCAAAAAAAAAAAAAAAAGUGUCAGGAUAUAUUCUUGUGGAAGAGAAAAAGAAAGAGAAAUGGAGGGUGGGGGGAACAAUAAAAAGUUCUUGAGGCUUUUUUAAUUCAAAAUUUUAUAGAGGGGCAAAAGUGACGUUUACCAGAUAGAAUGCUGAUUUUUUUAAUAUAUUUACAACAGUAUUUGUGUAAAAAAAAAAACAAAAAAAGUGAAAUUGUUAAAAGUAAUUUUUUUCAUUUUGGUUUUGCAUACACUGCCACCAAUUCCUUCUCUUUUAUUUUAUUUCACACACAUAUAUAUAUUUUUUGGUAAGUCAAGACUGUUAAGGUUAGCGAUACUGCUUCCAGAUAGAAAGAAUAAAAGGCAACUAUAGUUAUAUUUGAAAGAGAGGAAGGAUAUUUUCUUCAUAUUUUUUUUAAUUUUUCUUAAUUUUUAUUAUUUUAAGUAUUGCCUGGGUUGAUGAGGGCCUCUGUGGCCAGCCCAUCCCUGCUGUAAUUUGAAUUGCUGCUUUGUAUUUUGAUAUGUAGUUCUUUGACUUUAGCAAGCUUAAGUUGCCCCACUGAAUAAUUUUUUUCAACUGAUCCAUCUAGAAUUCUGUUCUUUUUUAUGGAAGAGACUUUAUCUUUCAGAGAUUGCUUGCUUCUCCAAAAUUUCAUUGAGAUCUUACAAUUCUAGAAUUUCUAUUGACUUUACUUUUUUUCUUGGUGAAACACUAGUGGUCUAGAAGUCUUGAUAAAUGGGGUCUUUUCUUUUGUGAUCAGCCAGGAAGAGGAGUUCACAAAACUCUGCCAUAGCUCCUCACCCUUCCCAACUGCAAAGAGCAUCAUUAUGAGAAGCCUGUUACAGAUCAAGAUGCAUUGAUGCCAAAAUUACUUUUUUCCUUUCAGAUAUCACCUUCUGACUAUUUCCACCAUGGUUAAGAGGGCUAAAUAAGAUGAUCAUUCUUCAGAUGACUAAUUAACCCUUGCUUCUUAGAGAGGUUUUAGGGAAAUUAAAAACUUCCAGAUGCCAACAUCCACCACUCAGAAGACCACCAAUCUAUUGCAUCAUACCAGAUGCCACUCUCUCUUCCUAGUUGGGAUUUCUCUCCUCGGUCCUGAUCAAGGUAUUAUAAUAGAGAUAUUUUCAUUAUAGACAGUGUCCUGAAGGGAUUCCAGCUCAAAUAUAGGAUUUCUUAAACCUAGCUAAAACUCCCAAAGUGAUUUCAUUGCUGGGCAUAUUUUAACACACUUAGGGGAAAGCAAAUCUUUAAACAAAGCAAAACACCAAACUACAGUUUUAAAAAGAAGAAAGGAGAGAGUAUUUUAGUUUCAAAAUUACAUUACAUUUUAAUUUAAUUUUCCUUCUAAUUUUCCUGUCAGCAUUUUAUUUACAAAAACUGUGCAGCAAACGAGGGAAAAUCUUCCAACACAAACAACUCUGUAAUGACUAAAUUGGUUUUAUUCAUAUAUUUCAGACAUUUGGUUAACUUGGAUCUUUUGCAUAAGUUUCUUGUGAUGCUUAGUAAGGUUAGUGUAACUGAAGUGUUUGUGAGUUUGAUUUGGUCCCACAGUGCUUAAUUCAGUGGAUAUUUUGCUAGAAGUUUUAAUGUACACUUGGGUGGUUAAGUGACUAUUGAGUAUAACCUAUUGUGAUUUCUAAGAGGAGUCCUACCAAGAACUGUGUGUCCAAAACUGACCUGUUUUAACAGUUAGUAAGGAACAGCUUCCAAAAUAAAGUAAGUUCAUUUUUCUAUUGCUAAUUUUGCUUUUUAAAAUAUCAGUGUUGUAAAACUAAUAUUUCCACUUACCACCAAUAGAGGGAGCAUUAGUUAAUUAACUAUGUCAUGGAAUUGUUUUGAUAUUUUGGAAAACAAGUGAUUCCACCCAUAAAAUAAAAAGAGAAGAUUGACCUUAAGAAAAAAAACUCAAAGCUAGAAGAUAAUGACAUGAAAUCACUCAAUACAUGUUACAAAUGAAAGAAGGCCAAAAGCCACUUUAAAAUAUGUUUAACUGUUUAACAGUAGUAGACUUGAAAGUGUCUUUGUUCAAAGUUAGCAAAGUAGGAAGAAUUUUCACUAAUACCUCCUGAAAAGUUGAUCUUAGGUGCCAUUAUGGGCCACAUGUAGCUUUCUGUUUCUCAAAUCUGAGAUAGACCCAUUUGCCUUAAUGCUGAUUUGCCAUGUAAAAUGCUAAGCAAUUGGGUUAGAAUCCACCUUUUCUUUUGGUAGAACAUGUAGAGAAAAAGCUGCAGGUGACUUGAAACCCUGAGGAGACUAUCAUCCUUUCCCUGUAAAGGAAGUGUCUCUUUAAAAAAAAGUGGGGGGGAGAGGGGGUGGAGGAUCCCUAAAGAAUUCUUAAUGAGGUGAUAUAAUCAUUGUAGUCCAUGACAAAAUGGACCAGCCAGGUUUGCAUAGCAGUAGACAUAUUCCUACUGUAUGUUUAUCCUUCCCAAACAUGUCACAUUGUAAAAUAGUUGACAAAUUAUUUUGUGGAAAGAGGAAGAAGCUGGAUUGGAGUGGGAGAUCUAAUCUGGAAGAGCAAAGAGGUAGUUGUUUAUUGUUAUGUUCCUGGCCCAUCAAAUGGCCACUUUCCAAAGUGACAUUUUAGGAAAUAAACCAAUCUGGACCUGUUUCAAAAGGAUGGAGAUGCUUUUAGAUUGUCAGUUCUCACUUUUAAGUUAAACAAUCACAAAUAUCUUUAGAAAUAGGGAAAGACAUUUGCUUCAAAAUGAGAGAAUGAGUGUGGAUAUUUUUAAUUUUUUUGUUUCAAGUCCUACAGUCAUCUUACAUUUGGAACUUCAUGGUAGGGUAAUAUCAGUGCUAAAAAAAAUUUCUUUCUAGUAGCCAGGAAACAGAUAGAUAAGAUAAAAGCAAAUGUUCCAGAUUUAAGACUUCUUAGGAUGAGUACAAGGAAGAAGAACUAGUAUGGAAAGGACACUUUUUAGCAGUUUAUAAUUUUAUAAUGGAAUUUGCCAAACAAGGGAAAGGAAAAAAAAGUCAAAGGGGAAUUUUUAUCUCAAGAUACUUAGAUAUGGUUAUAAAAAAUAAUAUUUUCUAGCACUAAAAACAUUGGUAUUAUCUCAGCAUCAUGGGCAAUUUUUCCUUAUUAAAUGCCAACAUUUGUACAAAAAAGGCCCCCAACUGUGUGAAAUGUAAUCCUGAAAAAGAAAAUAAUUGGAAUACAUGGAUCUGAUAGAACUCUACACAGGGGGAAAAACUGAGAAACAAGCUAAGCAAAAAAAAAAAAAAAAAAAAAAAA